CUCAUCGCUAUUUAAAGUCUCAAGACCAUAUAGUUACUAGCAUUCCAUUUUCCUACUAAUUUAUGCAAUUAUGAAGUUUCUCUUAACACUUUUUUUUCUUCACUAUGUAGUGGCUAGUUCAUCCAUGACUCAUACCAACACUACCACUGAUCAAUUAGCUCUUCUUUCAUUGAGAUCCCAAAUCAUUUCAGAUCCCUUUCAUUUCUUGGAUGAGAGCUGGUCUCCAGCUACUUCUGUUUGCCAUUGGGUAGGAGUAACUUGUGGGUCUCGCUACCAGCGAGUGAAGUCCUUGAAUCUUUCCAACAUGGAUCUUACAGGCAGAAUCCUACCUAAUUUUGGAAACCUUACAUUUCUGGUUUCUCUUGACUUAGGAAGCAACAAUUUCCAUGGAAAUUUGCCUCAACAAAUGGCACGGUUGAGUCGGCUUAAGUUUCUUGAUUUAAGUUUCAAUAACUUCAGAAGGGAAGUUCCUUCCUGGUUUGGGUUUUUAUGCCAACUUCAAUUUCUAAAUCUUAGAAAUAAUAGUUUCACUGGUUCCAUCCCUUCUUCAUUUUUGAAUAUUUCCACACUUGAAAUAUUGAAUUUAGAAUUCAAUUCCUUAGAAGGUCAAUCCCAAAAGAUAUUGGGAAUCUUGAAAAACUGAGCUUUUCAAACUUGGGCAAUAACAAGCUUAUAGGUUCUAUCCCUAUGUCUAUCUCGAAUGCCUCAAUGUUGGAGACUCUGAUUCUUUCAUACAAUUUCCUUCAAGGAAACAUCCCAGAAGGGAUCAGCAAUCUUCACAACUUGAACAAGUUGACCAUAGAAGUUAAUCAACUCACAGGUUCCAUACCAAUCUCCAUCUUCAACAUUUCCAGAAUUGAAGUCAUUGGACUCACAAACAACAGCUUAUCAGGAAAUCUUCCACAUGAUUUAUGUGAUCACCUUCCAAUACUCAAGGGGGUUUAUCUAUCGAACAACAAGCUAGUUGGUCAUAUGCCGCCAAGCUUGUCAAAUUGUUCUAAACUUCAAAUGUUGUCUUUAUCAGGAAAUAAGUUUGAUGGACCAAUACAUAGUAACAUUGGGAGUCUAACUAACUUGCAGUCCUUGUAUCUCGGCUUUAACUACUUCAGAGGGACAAUUCCACAAGAACUCGGAAAUCUUGUUAAUUUGGUAGAGUUAACAUUGCAGAGAAACCAAAUUACAGGACCUAUUCCAAUCUCCAUAUUCAAUAUCUCCUCUCUAUAAUAUUUGGCUCUAUGGAAGAACAACCUCAGUGGGUCCUUACCACGGGAGAUGGGUAACUUAACCAAGCUUCAGACCCUAAGGCUUGAUAGAAAUAAGUUCGCAGGUGAAAUACCGAAAAAGAUGAGCAAUCUUGUUGAGUUGGAGAUAUUAGCAUUGGGGGAUAACAGUUUUACUGGAUCAUUUAUGGAGAUCUUCAACAUAUCAACGCUAAGAAUAUUUGAUGUUACAAACAAUAAUCUAAAAGGAGUCCUCCCAUCAAAUAUAGGUUCUGUUUUACCCAACAUUCAAAGUCUUUAUCUAGGCGUUACCAAUCUUGUUGGGACUAUACCUCAUUCUAUCUCUAAUUGUUCAAAACUUGCUACUCUAGACCUUUCUCACAACAAACUGACUGGCUUGAUUCCCAACUCUCUUGGAUAUUUGACUCAUCUGGAGACCCUAAACUUCGAGGGAAGCAAUUUAAAGAGCGACUUGUCAUUAAGCUUCUUGACUUCCUUAACAAAUUGCAAAAAAUUAGCAAGUCUUUCUUUAUCUUUUAACCCUCUAAAUGGUGAGCUUCCAGUCUCUAUAGGGAACUUCUCCACAUCUCUUGUAAGGUUUUAUGCCAACGGUUGUAAAAUCAAAGGGCGACUUCCUAAUGAAGUUGGGAACUUAAGCAACUUAAUAGACCUUGUUCUCGGUGAAAAUGACUUGAUUGGAUCAAUUCCCACAUCAACUCGCAAUUUGAGAAACCUUCAGCGCCUGUACUUGAAUAACAACAAACUUACAGGAAUUCUUGGAGACAAUCUUUGUAAAUUGUGGCAUUUGGGUGCUAUUUACUUGGGUCAAAAUCAACUUUCAGGAUCUUUUCCUGAUUGUUUAGGGAACGUUACUUCCCUUAGAGAUCUACAUAUGGGUUUCAACAAAUUGAGUUCCAAUAUACCGGAAAGCAUAGGGAAUCUUAAAGAUCUAAUGGAGCUAAACUUAUCAGCUAACAAUAUGGGUGGCUCUUUAUCUCCAAAAAUUGGAAAUCUAAAUGCUAUGACACAAAUGGAUCUGUCAAUGAAUCAAUUUACAAAUGGAAUUCCUAGAGAAAUAUUGGAGACUUGCAAAAUCUAAUGUACCUUACUUUGAAACAUAACAAGUUGCAAGGAUCUAUACCUGACUCAGUAAGCAACAUGGUAGGUUUGGAAUUUCUAGACCUUUCACAUAAUUAUAUAUCAGGGACCAUCCCUAUGUCUUUGGAGAAACUUCAAAACCUGAAGUAUUUCAAUGUUUCUCACAACAAGUUGUAUGGUGAAAUCCCCUCCGAGGGUCCUUCCAAGAACCUCUCGAGUCAUUUUUUUUCUCUUCAAUGAAGCAUUGUGCGGUUCCCCAAGAUUUAGUGUCCCUCUGUGCUCCACUUCUUCAAAUCAUAGUAGGAAAAGAAUGCUAGUUAUAUUUCUUCUACUGGGAGUUGCACUAGUAUUCGUUCCUACCACCUUUGUGUUUGUAUGGAUAAGGUAUAGAAGAGGCAAAAGAACUUCUCGACAAGCUAAUUCAUUGUCUAUCUCAACAAGAGGAAGAAUUUCAUACUAUGAACUUCUCCAAGCAACCGAUUCAUUUAGUAAGAGUAAUUUGAUUGGUUCUGGGAGUUUUGGCUCUGUCUACAAAGGAAUUCUUAGUAAUGGAAUUCCUAUUGCAGUUAAGGUGUUCAAUAUGCAAUUAGAAGCGGCAUUCAAGAGUUUUGAUAAUGAAUGUGAAGUUUUGCGCAACCUUCGCCAUAGGAAUCUCAUAAAAGUCAUCACUAGUUGUUCCAACCUUGAUUUUAAGGCUUUAGUACUCGAGUACAUGCCUCAUGGGAGACUCGAUAAGUGGUUGUAUUCACACAACUACUUCCUAGACAUCAGGCAGAGACGAAGAAUUAUGAUAGAUGUGGCAUGUGGAUUGGAAUAUCUCCACCAUGGGUACUCCUCGCUCGUGAUUCAUUGUGAUCUGAAGCCUAGUAAUGUUUUGUUGGAUGAGAAUAUGGUUGCCCACCUAAGCGAUUUUGGUAUUUCAAAAUUGCUUGGUGAUGAUGAAAGUGAUUUAUACACUAAAAUCUUAGCAACAUUGGGUUAUAUAGCACCAUGUAUGUCUCUUGGACAUUGAUUUAUCCUUUAUUUUUUUCCACCUAAAAAUUGUUAUACAUCUUUAAAUUAAUUUUUUGACUGUAGAGUAUGGACUGGAUGGACUGGUGUCAACAAAAUGUGAUGUUUAUAGUUAUGGGAUCAUGUUGUUGGAAACGUUUACUAGGAGAAAACCUAAUGAUGAAAUGUUUGAGGGAGAUCUUAGUUUGAAGCAAUGGGUGAGUUAUUCACUCCCGGGGGAAGUAAUGAAUGUUGUGGAUGCCAACUUGGUAACAUCAACAGAUAUUCACUUAAAGAAGAAAUUAGAUUGUGUGGAAUCGAUCAUGAAAGUGGGAUUAGAUUGUUGCGUUGAACCUCCAACAAGAAGGACAAACAUGAAAGACGUUGUAGGAAUGCUACAAAAGAUCAAGAUUCAACUUCUUACAUGUUGAGCGUGAUCCUAGAAACUUUUGUUUCAAAAUCCCUUGUUUGUUGUACAUGUUUGC